AUGCUGAAAAAUCUUUUGUUGAUCACUGUUCUCUUUACCGCUCUUGCCAGUGCAUACCCUUCCGCACUUCUUCCUGGCCCAUGGAUUGUUAGCAAAGUUGCCGGAAAAUCAUUCGAACUAGGGCAAACAAUUAACUUGGAAAUUCUCUGUCCACCCUCGGUCAACCAUCUUGAAUCAGUAAAUCUCUUACAGCGGGGUUCCACCUACAAUAUUACUCUUCUUAAAAAUGUUAAGCUUCAUUCCGGGUCGAACAAAUUAAAGCUUAAACUUCCUGUCGGAGGUGAUUUCGCUAAGCCAAGUCCCCAAAAUUAUAUUGCUAUCUACCUCGCCGGUCGCAGGAUGGACUAUUCGGCUACCUUUAGAAUCGGUAAACCAGACUUUGGGAUUACCUUUAUAAAGCCGUGUGCCGGUGAAGUUCUUCACCCCGGUGACACCUUUCUCGCUAGAUGGAAAGGAAAGUUAGGAGACGGUUUUACAUUUGCAUGGGGUUUGCUCGAACCCACGACCGAUUUUACCAUUACUCCCUUCUUUUUCCUUCCUGAUGCCAUGGACUUUAAAAAAGGUGAAUUUACCUUCACGCUUCCGGCAGAUAUUCCAAAGGGUGCUUUAUGGAAAUUUGGAUGCAGAGCAAAUGGCACCACCGAUUCUAAUCCGGUAGAGCUUUUCUCUGCCGGAACUUUCCUGAUAGCUUAG